UUUCCAUUUGAAGGACGUUCUAGUUUUUAAAGGUUUCGCUUUGCGCUUUUAUUUUGAAGGUCAAAAUGACCCAAGCAAUUUCCUGCCGGAAGCAACCGAAUCGCCGAGUGUUAGCUUAGCCUGCUAGCUGAAAGCAGUCAGCACAGAGGGACACAGCGAGUCAGAGAGACAGUUUGGUGGAGAACAGAUAGUGUCUCUGAUGGAGUUUAAGGAGAAAAGUUUGUGCUGGGAUUGUUUGAAACCCUCAGAUACUCAGAGCGUUGGAGAAAAGACGUCUUACAGAGAUGGAGGAACCAACACUCAGUAACCAGAUGGACUCUCGGUUUCAAGAUGUUAAGCAGCUGUUGGUGAUCAAAGAGGCGCUUCCUGCGGGCGAUCAGAACCAAAGUCCCCGACUGGACCAGGAGGACCAGAAGCCCCUACAGAUUAAAGAGGAACAAGAGGAGGCUGAGAUCACUGAGUCAACAUUCAGUCCUGCCCAUGUGAAGAGUGAAGAUGAUGAAAAGAAACCCCAGCUCUCAGAACCUUUUUACAGAGACUCAGUUGGACCAGAACCAGAUAAAUGUUUUAUAUCAGAUAUUAAAGAUAAAACUUCAAAUUCAGAGACAGACGUCAGUGAUGGAGACUGGGAGAACAAUGAAUCUCCGUCAGGUUUAGACUCUGUGAAAAAAAAGAAAGGCCCUAAAAUUCAUACGAUAUAUGACAGAGAAGCAAAGUUGCACAGCUGCACUGAGUGUAAUAAAACAUUUAACAGCAGAUCCUAUUUAUUAAGACACAACAGAAUCCACACAGGAGAAAAACCUUUCAGCUGCCCAAUCUGUAGGAAACCUUUUACUUGGAAACAUGGAUUGGUCCAGCACAUGAGUCUGCAUAGUGAGGAAAAACCUUUCAGCUGCUCCGUCUGUGGCCAAAUGUUCAGAAGAAAGGAAGAUGUAACCUCCCACAUGCGACGGCACUCUGAAGAAAAACCGUUCAGCUGCUCGGUUUGUGGGAAAAACUUCAAAAGGAAGGAAAGCGUAACUUACCACAUGAAACGUCAUACUGAUAAAAAACCCUACAGCUGCUCCUUCUGCGACAAAUCCUUUACUUUAGAAAUAACUUUAAUAGAACACACUAGGAUCCACACUGAGGAGAAACCUUUCAGAUGUUCCAUCUGUAAUGCAGCUUUUAAAAGGAGGUACACUUUAACAGAACAUACGAGAACCCACACCAAAGAGAGGCCCUACAACUGCUCCGUCUGCGGCCGCAGCUUCGCUCACAAGUCGUAUCUCACCGUUCACAUGAGAGAUCACGCAGAAGAAAAACCUUACAGCUGCUCCGUCUGUAACGCAGCUUUUAAAAGGAAGUACACCUUAACAGAGCAUGCAAGAACCCACACCAGAGAGAGGCCCUACAGCUGCUCAGACUGUGGCCGAAGCUUCAUGCAUUCUAUAAGUCUGAGGCGUCACAUGAGAAUUCACACAAGAGAAAAACCUCUAAGUUGCUCCAUCUGCAGGGCAACGUUCAAGUGGGAAAAAACUUUUCUGAGGCACAAAAAAAUCCAUACAGUUACAUAAACGUUUAACAGUAGAGACUGUGGAGGAAGGGUCUCUCUUUUAAUCAAAUACAGGUCCUUCUCAAAAUAUUAGCAUAUUGUGAUAAAGUUCAUUAUUUUCCAUAAUAUCAUGAUGAAAAUUUAACAUUCAUAUAUUUUAGAUUCAUUGCACAUUAACUGAAAUAU